AUGCAGCCAAAACCCAUCGCACCGCAUCCGGGCCCAUCCGCGGCUGGCCAGACCACCAACUUCGGUCCUUCCGAGACGGCAAGCGCCUCCAGUUCCGUCUCGCCACGCGCACGCUCUCCGUCUGGCACCGAGACUCCCGACCGCACUUUUGGCAAUGGCAACGGCUCCAUCCCCUCUUCCGUCUCGAAAGCAGCGGCCGUGGGCGCAAGCGCCGGACCAAGCCGUCCAGCCACCGCAGCCCUCGCCGCAAAGAUAGCCGCCUCACGUCAGCACGGCACUGUCGCAGAUGCCGUCGCAGCUUCUCUGGGUAGCAAACGAGAACGCAAGAGGAAGCGCAUUCAUUACAGCUGUGCCGAAUGUCACCGCCGCAAACACAAGUGCGAUCGACAAACACCGUGCCAACCAUGCAUCGAUCGAGGUCUUGGAGACAGCUGUCGACCUUUCGAAGACGGCGACCAGUUCGGAGACAUGCGCGACCGGGUGCAGAGGCUCGAAGACAUCGUCGAAGGUCUCGCCAUCGCGCACGCAGAAUUGGCAAAGGAACUCAAGGACUCUCGUGGUCAGAUGGCCGCUUUUGUCGAAAUGGUCUCGAGCGACGAAGAACAGGACGCCGAUCCCAACGACCCUGCUGCCGCGUCUCGACCCAAACCCAAGAAGCGCAGAAGGAUCAUUCGUCCCAGCACCGCCCGCGGCAUCGAACGCGAGGAGCUCUUCAAUUCCGAAGCCCAAGCCAUCGCUGCUUCCAAGGGCGAAGUCAUCGACUCCACCAACUCAAAACAAAAUGCACCUCGCUACGAUCUCGGCGGCAAUCCACUUGAAGGCGGUCUCGCUCGUGACGGCGACAGCUGGUUCGGCGCUCUUGCUCUGCCUUCCGUCAGCCGCGGUGUCAUCGAGACCGAGAUCAACGGCGAGCGUCUCGAGCUCGGUGCCAACUUCCCUCGCUUCCCUGCCUCCGUCAAGCUUCAUCGUCUCAUUCACGAAGGUGGCGCCCCCGAAAACAUCCUCAGCGAUCUCAUGAACUCGCUCCCUUCCAAAGCCGACACUGAUCGUCUCCUCGACAUCUACUUCCGCGAUAUCAAUCAUACCCGCCUUCCCAUCCACGAAGGCACCUUCCGACAAUCGUACGACGAGCUCAUGGAGUUCAGGUGGGGCAACGCCAAGGAGGAGCGAGGCGACGAUGGCGCAAGGCAUGUCCCCUUCCUGGCCUUCCUCUUUGCUAUCCUCGCCACCGCUAUGCGAUCGCUGCCGGAAGCGUUCGGCAGCGAAGCAGAGGCCAAGAAGGGCGCGGUACGUCUCUACCAUGCAUGCCGCCGCACCAUCAACAUUGCCUCGACCAUUCGUGUCGACCACAUCGAUCUCGUGCUUGCGCAUCUCUUUGCCGCCCGCUUCCUCAUCUGCCAGCGUCAAAGCGCCGAGAGUUGGUCGCUACUCGGUAACGCCAUCCGCGCCGCACAAGCCAUCGGUUUGCACAGAGACGGCAGCAAGCUUGGCCUCGAUGCCAUCACCACGGAGCGCAGGCGUCGUCUUUGGGCCAUCAUCUUCUACAUGGACAAGACCACUAGCAUCCUCCUCGGACGUCCACAAGCAAUUCAAGAUAUCCACUGCGACACUCUCCCGCCCUCCGACAUUGACAUUGACACCAUGCCCAGAUCGGCGCGGCCGUACGUUCCACGCACCCGACCUCGUCCCAACACCCCACCUGGCGUCUUCCUCUUCGUCGCCAUCCGCCACGAGCUCACUCGCCUCACCGGCAAGAUCGUCGAACACUUUCAAAACCUUGCCAGCCCACGUCGAUAUGCGGAUGUCGUCGCGCUCGACGAGGAGCUCGAAAAGUUCCGAAAGGACAUUCCGGACAUCUACCGCGUCGACAAAGCAACCACGGGCACUGGUCCUGACACCAACAAGGAGUUCGACGCAGUGUGUCCCUGGCUCCCCCUGCAUCGGUACCUGCUCAACAUCGAAUACCACUACGUCCGCAUCGCUCUGCACAGGCCGUAUGUGCUGCGCAAUUCCGAAAAGUACUCGCAUUCGCGCACUGCAGGUUUCGAGAGCGCCAAGGCAGACCGCAGGGUGCGCCAGGAGUAUCGCAAGGACGUCAAAUGGGAGCCCGAGCGUGCACGCAAAGUUCACAUGGGUGGCCUCUACCGUCUUUUCAAUGCGACCAUGAUGAUUGGAAUCGCGCUGCUCCUCGAUCCCAAUGGACCUGAAGCGCCCGACUUUUUGUCGUACCUCGACGAGUUUAUUGAACUGCACAAGCACCGCGAGGGCGAAGCCGACCAGUGCAGCAAACGCGAAGUCAAGAUCAUCGAGCUGUUCAGGGCCAAAGCGCGCGACCCGACGUGGUGCGCAACGUCUGCGACCGGAGCGAGCAAGAAGCUGGCAGGAAGCGAAGGAUCCAAGGGUAAAAGUGGACAGGCAGACGGCUCCAAGCGCAGCAAAGAAGCAGCGGCAAAGCGAGAGAGCGGCAACGAAGGCACCGCCGGCGUCGGAACCGCUGCUUUCAGCUCAGCCAUGCUGCUUGGUGGAUCCAAGCCGAGCAGUUCGCAGCUUGCGCGCGCGGGUUCGGUCAACACGACCGACAGUAUCACUCCGCCACCGUUCGCAGGUCUGUUUGGCGGAAACGCCGGGACUUCCGCGCCAGGUCUGGCGCUCGGUACGGUCUCGACAGGCACGACGAGCGAUGCCGCCACCGACCUUGCCCAGAGCAUCUUUGAUCAACUCGGAGGCUACGAGCCUAGCUUUGGCAUGCUCAACCCUACCCCCAAUGACGCGCUCAACUUCAACGCUGGGUCCGGUCUAGGUUUCGGUCCGAGCCACACUUCCAACAGCAUGGGGUUCGACUCGGCAGCAGGAUUCGAUAUUACGAGCUACUUCAAUACGCCGCCACCCGGGUCGUCGGGUCCGUCACCGAACGUCACAGCCAACGCAGCAACGUCGUCUGCCCCGCCCAGCUCGGGGCUCGCUCGCAGCUCCGCCAACUCUAUCAACAUCCCGGCCACUUCGUCGUCUGAGCAAAGCGGGAUUCCAAACUUUCAACCUAGUGCCCAUCCACAUUUGCGCGCUCUCAACACCACGGGUAACUUCAACGGUUUCCCCGGCUCAUCGGACAGAGGCGAUGCAUCAGCUGGCGCAAACGGCGGUGCUCUAGCUAGCGCCAAUGGCGUCCCGGGCGAUUGGGGCUUGUUGCCCUGGGGAGGCUUGAUCGAGGCCAUUGCGCAGAGCUCGCAUGGCAUCGACCAGCCCGGAUCGAACGGAACGCCGAGCUCGCACGCAGACUUGAAGACGGAAACUCCGGAAGGAUCGGAUAAGCAUUAA